CUCCCAGAUGAGAACGAUGCGCGUCACCACUGGCCGCCCGCGCCAGGUUUGGGCUGGGACCCUGUGUCUCGUCUCUACCGAGCGAGCAUCAUCGCUGGCUACAAUCAAUCAUUCUCAGUCAUGUCAUGUAGUAUCGUGUACUACCUAUGCAGUCGCUGUCAUCCUGACAUGCUGACAUUUCGCCUCCCGUCAGUCAGCUCUGAUACAGAUGCGACAUGAUGCGCAAAAAAAGAAAGAAAAUCCCCGCGGCUCCGUCCAAGUAAUGGUUUUCCUACACCGUCUUUGCGCUGAUCUGUCACGACGCUACGGUACGCAGCACUUUGUUCGGUUGUUGUACGCCUUCUUCCUAUUCUUGUUCUUACCAAACGGAACACCCAGCUUCCGGUGGAAAAAAGAAAGACCGCUUGGAGAGACUAGACUGUCUUCUGGUUCCAGCCUACCUACCUACUUGGGAGUUUUAGUAGCCAGUCCGUACCCAAGGCUGGUAUUGGUAAAUCGCCAGUGCACCUAAUUGACCAUCCUCCUCCCUCCUGGGCCUAGCCUAGGCAUUCAGCUGCCCGGAUACUUAAACGCCGAGAAGUCAACUCGACCUUCGCUAAAGGCAAUCGUCGUUGGCCGCUAUCU